UCUUUCUCUCCCCUUUUCACGAUUUGUGUGUGUGUGUGUGGUGAGUGUGUGAUAUACAUCUCGGGCCAUUUUUCGACCUCCUUGAUCCCAAAACAAACGUAUCUCUCGCAAUGACCGAGACAAAUGGGGCCGCGAAUCUGAAUACGAAGAAUGGCAAUUUCAUCUGUGGUGUUGUGGAAGGUUUUUAUGGUCGGCCAUGGACCACCGAACAACGAAAGGAUCUCUUCCAAAAAUUGAAAAAAUGGGGAAUGGAUUCUUAUCUAUAUGCACCAAAAGAUGAUUACAAACAUCGUGCUUAUUGGAGAGAUUUGUACACUGUCGAGGAAGCAGAGCAUCUAACUGGUCUGAUCACAGCUGCGAGAGAAUAUGGGAUAACCUUUUAUUAUGCAUUAUCACCAGGAUUAGAUAUCACGUAUUCCAGUUCAAAGGAAGUCACUGCCUUGAAAAGAAAACUGGAGCAAGUCAGUCAAUUUGGUUGUACAGCAUUUGCAUUAUUAUUUGAUGACAUAGAACCAGAAAUGAGUGAAGCAGACAAAGAAGUGUUUCAGUCAUUUGCACAUGCUCAGGUUUCUGUCACAAACGAUAUUUUUCAACAUCUCGGUCAGCCUCGUUUUCUUUUGUGCCCUACACAAUACUGCGCGACUCGUGCAAUGCCAAAUGUCGCGUCUUCAGAAUAUCUCAACACUCUUGGAAGUAAAUUAGCUCAGGAAAUCGAUAUAAUGUGGACUGGACCUAAAGUUAUAUCAAGACUUUUAACUGUAGAAUCCAUCGAAGAAAUCACAGAAGUGCUCAGAAGGCCACCUGUUAUCUGGGAUAAUUUACAUGCUAAUGAUUAUGAUCAGAAAAGAGUGUUUCUCGGACCAUAUUCUGGUCGUUCUCCCGAUCUUAUACCUAAACUUAGAGGAGUUUUAACUAAUCCUAAUUGUGAAUAUGGAGCAAACUUCAUAGCAAUUCAUACAUUGGCUCAGUGGAGUAGAUGCAAUGUGGAUGGAAAAAGAGAUCUAAGUUUAAAUGAUACUGUGUCUGCAGAUAUUAAAUUAGAAACUGAAACAGAGGAUGGCGUUCUCGGUGAAGAUGUACCAUCGACGUUAUCGCCGAAUAUGUAUCAUCCUCGACAUGCUCUAAAAAGUGCAAUAAGCGAAUGGAUAUUUGAGUUUAACAAAAAGAAAGCAGCUUGGGGUGUAAUAGUCAAACCGCAACCGUGUGUUGCGCCUACGAUACCUAUUCCAAUAAUACCUUCUGUCAACACUUGCAUGAGUCUUACAUCGACGACAACAACUACGGUUCCUGCCACAUCUACGUCUGGAACAAAUUCUAAUCACCUUCAAGCAUUGGCGGAAGUUGUUUGUUCAACUGUAACAGUUAGCGAUAGCUUCGUGCAGCCUUCAUCUGGACCUGUGAUGAAUUCUUUAGUAUCGGACAUAAAGGUGGUCAGUGAACCCGUUUUGACUACUUUACCUACUAAUAUGAGUGGUGAUCCACCGUCAACGGGGUUAUCUUCCAUAGAACCUAUGGAUUGUAAUACGACUCCAAACAAUUCGCCAGCGCACAUAGGAAAAAUUGCAACGGAAGAUGACGCUAUGGUAGAUAAUAUUUCUACGUGUAGUGAAGCUUCCGGGAGUAUGCAAGUGGAAGUAGACGGUACUUCUCCCACAGUUAAUGGUACACAAAUGAUAAUAGAAAAUGAUAGCGAAAAUCAUGAAAAUUCCGAUAACGCAGACACAAUACCUCAAGAAUCCGUGGAUAUCGACAAGGAGCUCACGCACGAGGAUCUGUCACUUCUCUGUGAUUUAUUUUAUUUGCCGUUUGAACAUGGUGGUCAAGGAAUUCAAUUGUUGCAAGAAUUUAAUUGGUUGAAAAGUAACGCGUAUGUUGUUAUGAAAAAGUCUAAAGAAGAAGAAUCAGCCUCUGAAUCAGAUAUUCAAGAAUGGCAUCUUCGUGCAGCUAGAUUAAACGACAUGUGUAAUGGAGUAAACAGAUUAUUCCAAAGACUCACAUACUGUAAUAAUCGCGAGUUGCUAUACGAUCUGUAUGCGUAUGUAUGGGAUAUGAGGGGAGUUGUGUCUCUCCUAAAUAGUUACGUGAAAUGGCUGGCGUUUGGCAGAUUUCCAUCUACGAUGACGACGUAUACCCAGGGCAGCUACACAUGGUUUUCAAAUGGUUGGAAAGAAACAUUCAUGAGUGGAGACCAAGAGCCAUGGGUUUUCCGCGGUGGACUUACAGCUGAUUUACAGAGAUUAAUUCCAGUGGACAGUGGUAACGAUUUAUUCGUCUAUAAAGCACCGGAAGUGCCCAGUAGUAAAAUAUAUGCGAUUCGGCCAUAUUUACCUAGCGAUGAAGAAGCAGUCUACGCAGUGUGUAAUCAAAUUAAUAAUUGUGCAUCUUCAUCAGCUGUUGCAGACAGACUUGUUGGAGGCUAUCUAACUUUGAGUCCAGAAUUGUGUAUGGUUGUUGAGGAUGAAAGUGGUGUAGUGGGUUAUGCAAUGGCUGCGCUGAAUGUAAACUCAUAUAAUCAGAAAAUGGCUAUUUCUUGGAUUCCUGAAUUGCGAAUGAAGUAUCCCUUAGAUAAUAGCAUUAGUGAAUUGCCACAAAAUGUUCAGGAUGCCAUACAAUAUUUCCAUUCAUUUAUUCCGGAUGUGUCAGAACAACUGUGCAGGCAACAUCCGUCGAGACUCAUGUGUACUGUGUUACCAAGUGUAACAGAUCAGUCUAUUUGUAAACGUUUAAUAACUUGCAUUCUUGCGGCUUUAAGAGCAAACGGUUCUUUCGGAGUGCAUACGACGAUGUCGCCAACGGAUAAAGAAUCUCAUGAAUUUUAUGGCAAACUAGGUUUCGUUGAUUUGAAUCCGGCACACGAGGAAUGCCCUGGAAUCAAGACUAUGUGUAGAAGUUUCUAACAAAGAAUCAGUGCUCCGGUAAUCUUCGUCAACAAGGUAUAUUUACUUGGACCAUCUCCUAAAAAAACCAUGUUUUCUUAGGAUAAUAAUUAAUAGUCUAAAAUUAAUAAUCUAAGAGAGACUAUUAAUAAAAUUGAGCGCCUUGGUUUAAAUUGUAAGCACGCCAAUGCGAUAAGAUUAAAAAAAUAAGUGUACUUCAGAAGUACAUUGUGCAACCAGAUAUCAUUAAUAUUUUGAUGUAUAAUCUUAUAGUAUCAAACUCUUUAGAAAUCUUUGUUUGAUACAAGUAUAUACAUAUGUACAUAUGGCACAACUGAUGCAAAUUAAUAUCAUAUUUUAAUAUAAUGAUAUUUCAUUAAUCAAUGUAAUAUCUCGGAAGAUACACUAAUAAGAAUAUAUAUAUAUAUAUAUAUAUAUAUAUAUAUAUAUAUAGUGCAAUAAGCAGAUUCGUUUUCAACAUAAUAUAUGGAUUCGAUUUUUUCCUUUAUUAAUAGUCACAUAUAUGUAUAUGACAAUUCAGUAUCUCAUUGGUUUUAAUAAUAUGUA